UAUUAUAACUUGAUAGGAAAAUGCACACCUUGGAAGUGUUCCUGCUGCUGAUCGUAGCUGCCUCCGCUUCUCUUUCACCGGACUUACAUCCGUUGUCUGACGAGUACAUAGCACGUAUAAACUCUAUCCAGACGACAUGGGAGGCUGCUAAAAACUUUCACAUCGAAGACUGGGACAGGGUAAAGAAGAUCGCGUCGGGUACUUGGAAAACACCAGACUCGAUUAAACGCGUUGACAAAGUCGAUGAUGCAUCAGAAAGCGUUCCAGAGUCAUUUGACGCCAGAGACGCUUGGCCGGAGUGUGUGGAAUUCAUCGGUCAAAUUAGAGAUCAGUCAGCUUGUGGCGCCUGCUGGGCGUUUGCUGCGGCUGAAGCAAUGUCAGACAGAUUAUGCAUCCAUUCCAACGGCACGGUCAGGAAGUACAUAUCUGCAGAAGAUUUAAGCUCAUGCUGCGACUACUGCGGUGACGGUUGCAACGGAGGAAUUCCUUACAACGCUUGGGCCUACUGGGAAGACUCGGGCAUCGUCAGCGGCGGUUUGUACCAAUCCAAUCAGGGUUGUAAGGACUUUUCGUUGGCCCCUUGUGAACAUCAUAGCGGAACGGACAGCAAGGUAUCGUGCGAGGACUUAACCGGUUAUAAUACUCCGGAGUGCGUCAGGAGUUGCUACGAUACCUCGAUCGACUAUGAAAGCGAUCUGACCUACGGGCAAGAACCCAUUUUUCUUUGGGACGAGAAACAAAUUCAGCUAGAAAUUUACAAGAAUGGACCAGUGGAGGCAGGAUUUACAGUGUUCGAAGAUUUUCUCAGCUACAAAAGUGGAAUUUACCAACCCACCACAGAGAAGAUGGUUGGCGGCCACGCAGUAAAAAUCAUCGGGUGGGGGGAGGAAGAUGGCGUCAAGUAUUGGCUGAUCGUGAACUCUUGGAACAGCGACUGGGGUACCGACGGAUACGUCAAGUUUAUUCGCGGCGAAGACAGUUGCGGCAUCGAGAGUGAGGUCACUGCCGCUUUGCCGAGAGUAUAUAAGAAGCAGCGAAAAUUAGACGCACUUAGACCCAACACUGGUGAGCAUCAAUGUCACGUUAAAACAAUUAGACACUUUUAUUGGUUUCAUUUGCAGAUGCCAAGAAGCAGCCCAAACAUGAAAUAUUUGGGGGCGGUUCUUCUCCUCGUCGCCACCGCGAGCGCCACUCCGGUAGCCAACCUACAUCCAUUGUCGGAUGAAUACAUUGCGCAUAUCAAUUCCAUCCAAAACACCUGGAAGGCAGGCAAAACCUUUGACGUCGAAGAAUGGGACAGGGUAAAGAGGAUCGCAUCCGGUGCUUGGAAGAAACCGGUAUCCGUCCAGCUAGACAGAAACGUCCACGAUGAAUCUCGAGACAUUCCAGAAUCGUUUGAUUCACGAGAGGCCUGGCCCCAGUGCGCCGAAUUUAUUGGACAGAUUAGGGAUCAAUCAUCCUGCGGUGCCUGCUGGGCAUUUGCUGCUGCCGAAGCUAUGUCAGACAGGAUUUGCAUCCACUCCAAUGGUACGGUCCGAAAACACGUCUCUUCCGAAGACUUAAACUCCUGCUGCCUUUACUGCGGCGACGGUUGCGACGGAGGUUACCCAUAUGAAGCCUGGUACUACUGGCAGAAGACCGGAAUCGUGACCGGUGGUCUUUAUGAAUCCAACCAGGGUUGCAAAGACUACUCUCUUGAACCCUGCGAGCACCACACCACCGGCAACAGAGUCGCUUGCUCAGAAUUGGAAUUCAACACUCCUAGAUGCGUUAAAAGCUGCUACGAUUCGUCUAUCGACUACCAACAGGACCUGACCUUCGGCCAAACGGUCAGAGAAUUCACCAACGAGAAACAAAUCCAAUUGGAAAUCCUCUCAAACGGACCGGUAGAGGCUGGAUUUACCGUGUAUGAAGAUUUCUUGACUUACAAGAGCGGUGUGUAUCAACCCACUACGAGAAAUGUUGUUGGUGGACAUGCAGUAAAAAUCAUCGGUUGGGGUGUGGAGAAGGGUGUCAAGUAUUGGUUGAUCGCCAACUCCUGGAACACCGACUGGGGUACUGACGGAUACGUGAAAUUCAUCCGUGGAGUCGACAGCGGUGGCUUGGAGAGCGAGGUCGUAGCCAGUUUGCCCAAGUUUUAGGCGCUUAAAGUGAUACUUUGUUCAGUACAAAGUGCAAAAAUUAAA